AUCACAUACGGAUAGAUUGGUAUCUUAUAUGGAAGAGAAUGGAAUACAAUUUUUUUGGUUCGAGACUUAACUAAAGAUAGCCCUUGCAACCGACAGGGUACUCUGAAAGAAAUGCAACAGGUUAGGGUCUCCAGUUUCACCACGUGAUUAUGAUUCUAACCGCAAAUUACGUGUAAUCAUUGUGCGAAUGCGAAUUUUAUUUUCGGCGUUGUUGUGCAUUUUUGAUUCGUUCUCAGAUUUUUGUGAAAUAACCCGUUCUUGAAUAACAUUUGUAAAUAAACAUAGUGCACUAGAACUUGCAGGUGUAAAUACAUAGGAAAACAUUACUGUUUCGUAAAUUGUAAAUAAAUAACUUGAACUGUUUACUGUUCGAAGUAUUUGUGUAGUUGUGAAAAAUAUAGUUGUGUCGUGUAUAUUAAAGGUUGAAUUAAUUAUAAGUGUUUGGUGUUUUGAUAUUAAUGUAAAUAGGUAAGUCCACUUUUCGAAAUAGUAUAUUCCUUAAACAUCUUACUGUUUUAGUUGUUUAGUGCGUCGCAGCGUAAUGGACCUUCCAUAUAUAAAGUACAAACUCAAGUGCUGUGUACCUGGCUGUACUGACAAAACUAGUAAACGCCAUCGAUUCCCUAAAGAUGUACAAAUGUUGCGGAAAUGGGUUGAAGUUAUACAGAAUUCCGCACUUAUGAGCCAGGAGCCAUAUACAAUUUAUAAAUCUUCUUAUGUUUGUGAUCGACAUUUUUCCCAAAAAUAUCUAGUACCUGGUACCAGAAGAGGGCUAUCACGAAUUGCUGUACCUACACUGUAUUUAACAGCAUUUCCUGAUGUAAUGUCUACAUCUGCCACAAGCAUUUGUUCAACGUCUGGGGCAACCUCUACAUCUGCAGCAAUAUUUUCAAUGGAUACGAGCGUCUGUGUAGGUUCCAUUGCUGACACGGACCAAUAUUCCACCAGCCAGUCAUUAGAUAAUGCUCAGAAAGUGUCAUCAGUAAGACAAGAUCCAAGUAUAAUGGAGUCUAUUUUUAUACCCGACAUUGAUACACCAACAACUUCAACAACGAUCGCCAUGAAAGAACCAGAACCGUCUAUUAAAGUUUCCAAAAGAAGACGUAUUUUAAAUGCUGUGGAAGUGACACGACAAAAUCAAUUAACACCACGCUGCAAAAAGAUGUAUCAGAUCGUGACUGAAUGGGGAAAGAAAACAGCUAAAUUACAGCAUACAUUUGGAAAUUUGCAAAAACGUUUGGCUUUGGCUGAGAAGGUGGCAAAAAAGUCAACAUUCACUGACCUAAUGGAUGCAGUGAAUGAAACCACAUAUAAAUUUAUUCUGCAACAAAUCCGCACACAACAACUUCCACCAAAGGCCCGUCGCUUUUCCCUGGACGACAAAAUAUUGGCACUAUCGUUGUUAAAGGCGAGUGGAAAAGGUUAUCGGCUUCUCUCAAAAAUAUUUUGCCUUCCAUCACGCCGAACCUUAACAAACUUAUUAAAUAAAGUACCGUAUCGUCCAGGUAUUAACAAACACAUUGUAAAUAGCCUCGAGAGUGUUGUUGCAAAUUUAUCAACGAACGAAAAAUUAUGCGCUGUGGUAUUCGAUGAAAUGGCCAUCUCUCCUUCAUUGCACUAUAACAGCAAAUUAGAUUGUAUUGAGGGGGUCGCUGAUUAUGGAGGGAAACGGUAUCCCCAUCUCGCUGAUUAUGCUAAUGUGUUCAUGAUUAAGGGUGUUUAUCGACAGUGGAAACAACCCUUUUCAUUUACUUUUUCGAAUGGCCCUCUUUCCUCAACACAAUUGAAGCAGCUGAUUGAAGAAGUUAUUACUGUAUGUCAACAAGUUGGACUUAAAGUAGUGGCUACAAUUUGUGAUCAAGGAUCAGCUAAUCAAGCGGCAAUUAAUGCACUAUUAAAAGAUGCAAAUGAGUAUUUUUUACAAAAGGGAAUGGAAAAUCCUCAUCUUGGUUUCUUCAUUAAUAAUCAAGAAAUUGUGCCUCUGUACGAUGUGCCACAUCUGUUUAAAGGCCUUAGAAAUAACUUAUUAACCAAAAACCUUCAUUUUACCAAGAAUGGUGUGGAGCAAGUAGCUACAUGGAAACAUAUCGAAUUACUGUACUUUUUGGAUACGUAUGAUGAUACACGAUUAUUG